AUGGAGGCCUGCUGCAAAGGACUGUGGCCGAAUUGGUCUGGAGUUGGAGGUCUGAUGGUAAAUGUAGCUCAGGUCAUUGAACUUUUGAUGACCUGUACCCUCUAUCUACUCGUCUCUACAAGCCUGUUGUUUGACAGUUUGUCCUGGGUGGCUGUUCCUCGAUCAGUGUGUUCACUCGUGUCUCUGGUGUUUCUUCUGCCCUGUCUGCUUCUGACUGAUCUCAGACCAGUUUCCACUCUCAGCCUCCUCUGUUCCCUGGCUCACAUACUUAUCAGCCUAUUGGUCAUGCUGUACUGUUUGAGUUGCGCCAGCAGCUGGUCUUGGUCCUCUCUGUCUCUCUCUGUGGAUCCAGAGGACUUCCUCGUUUCCGUCGGUGUCAUCAUCUUCUCCUAUACCUCGCAGAUCUUCCUCCCUCCUCUAGAGGGUAGUAUGGAAGACAGGGGACAGUUUAAUGUCAUGCUGGGGUGGACCCAUGGAGCAGCUUGCAUCAUGAAAACUAUGUUUUCCCUAAUGGCGGUGUUAACCUGGGGACCAGAAACCAGUGAGGUCAUCACAGACAAUCUACCCUCUGACCUACGACCUCUAGUCAAUUUGUGCCUGCUGGCUAAAGCCCAACUGUCCUACCCUCUGCCAUUCUAUGCUGCUGCUGAAAUACUGCAAACAUGUGUGCUCAGAGAUGCUGCCAUGUCGUCUUACUCCAAACACCGAGGUCAAGCUGUAUCUCGUCCUGCACUUGUGGUCCGCGGCACCUUGUUGAUGACAUCAUACUUGCUGGCUUUGCUGGUGCCCAGGUUCUCCCUGUUGAUGGGUCUGACAGGAAGCGUGACCGGGGCGGCAAUGACACUCAUACUGCCGUGUUUAUUUCACCUUAGACUGCAGUGGAGCCGCCUUACUGUGAAGGACCGACUGAUAGAUGUGGGUAUUCUGAGUCUGGGGGUCAUCUGUAGUGUGUCUGGUGUGAUUUGUUCAGUGAAAAGGCUACUGGAAGGCCUAUAGGAGGUGAAGAUGGAUAAAGGCAAAAAUUUGCUAAUAGCUUAAGUCAGUCACGUUAAAGAACAGCUGCGAGUUCUUCUUUGUAUUUAUUCCUGGAUUAAAAUAAUAUAUGAGCAGAUAUUUUCCCUUCUGUACUUGUCAAACAUAGUUUACAGUACAAAUAAAAAUAGGCACGCUGUUUUUCAUUUUCUGUCAGUCUUAAAAGGCUUGUAAGGUAUAUUAGGAUCCAAUAAACGUACAAAUUGUACUUUUUUUUCUUUUUCUCUUUAUUUGUUUGUUCUGAAAACUGUCAAUGAAGA